AUGCGCGCCGGGAAGUCCAGCCGCGCCGCGCCGCGCCGCGGCCCCUCAGCUCCCCUCGACAUGGCGCUGAGGCGGCGGCCGGGACUUCGACUCCGCGCCUGGCUGCCCGACUUCUUCCUGCUGCUGCUUUGCAGGGGGUCGGAUCCGGGCCUGGCCCGGGGUGGGCGCGGGUCGGAGGGCCCUGGGGGCCCGGCUCGCUCGCUCCGGGCGGUGGGCGCCGCCUCCCGCGAAGACCGCGGCCGCCUGGGCGGGGCUCGGGGGCCGGCGAGAAGACCCCGCGGGGCGCCCUGCCGAAGUCCCGGCCGGCUCGGCUCCGAGGCCCGGCUGGCUGCGCGGUCACAGCCCCUUGGGGCUGUGCUGUUCAUCUUCUCUUGCCGCUGCUUGAUAGGGGCUGUGAAUCUCAAAUCCAGCAACCGAAACCCAGUGGUACAGGAAUUUGAAAGUGUGGAACUGUCUUGUAUCAUAAUGGAUUCACAGACAAAUGACCCCAGGAUUGAAUGGAAGAAAAUUCAAGAUGAGCAAACUACAUAUGUGUUUUUUGACAACAAAAUUCAGGGAGACUUGGCAGGUCGUGCAGAACUGUUGGGGAAAACCUCCCUAAAGAUCUGGAACGUGACCCGGAAAGACUCGGCCCUUUAUCGCUGUGAGGUGGUUGCUCGAAAUGACCGCAAAGAAAUUGAUGAGAUUGUCAUUGAGUUGACUGUGCAAGUGAAGCCAGUAACUCCGGUGUGCAGAGUACCAAAGGCUGUACCGGUAGGCAAGUCAGCAGUGCUGCACUGCCAGGAGAGCGAAGGCUACCCCCGGCCUCAUUACAGCUGGUAUCGCAACAACAUGCCACUGCCCACAGAUUCCAGAGCCCACCCCAGAUUUCGAAAUUCCUCUUUUCUCCUAAACUCUGAAACAGGCACUCUGGUGUUCAGCGCUGUCCACAAGGAAGACUCCGGGCGCUAUUCCUGCAUUGCCUCCAAUGACGCGGGCUUGGCCAAGUGUGAGGAGCAGGAGAUGGAAGUCUAUGACCUGAACAUCGGCGGGAUUAUUGGGGGGGUUCUGGUUGUCCUUGCUGUCCUGGCCCUGAUAACAGUGGGCAUCUGCUGUGCAUAUAGACGUGGUUACUUCAUCAACGAUAAACAGAAUGGGGAAAGUUACAAGAGUCCAGGGCAGCCAGAUGGAGCUAACUACAUCAAGACAGAGGAGGAGGGCGACUUCAGGCACAAGUCAUCCUUUGUGAUCUGAAUCUGCCAGUGUGGCUGAGAGCACAUGCAAAUACCUCUGCUAGAAACUCCUAUCAAGAGCGCCUGGGAGCAAAGUGCACUGGGACAGAGCUAGACACGCGCAAAAGCUUUUUGUUUUGGCCAAAGUUGACCGCUACUCCUUUCUUACUUUUUAACAAGCCACAUGAAAGACAGAAUUUUCCUCAAGAUGGGCAGAGUCAUCACAAGGAAGACACCCUGAAUGAGUUCACUGAGGCUGAUGCCACACGUGUAGGUGAUCGGAGCUCUUGCUCAUGUUGACUCUGCUGGCUGGGCACUGUGGGCCUGUGAAGCCCGUUUAUAUGCCACUCG